AUGCAGAAAGUCGCCAUCUUAGUAGUACUGGUCGGAGUUGCAAGCGGGAUAAACUGCCCUCCGUUAACCGUUCUUGACGGAGCGGUAAUUUACAGUCUUCCUUUGAUGGAAGGAGGAUAUCCUGAUGGAACGACUGCGCAGGUGAUGUGCAACGUGGGAUUCCACCUGGAAGGAAUAUCAAUCACCCUCUGCAAAGAUGGCAACUGGCAACUCGCUCUAGGUGUGUGCAAGGCGAAUACCGAAGCGUCAACAACUCGUGGUGGGUUUUGCUCAUUCCUGAAAGCUGCAGUUGCAUUUCACGUUUUACCCACUCAAUGCCCGCCGAUUAUCGCUGCUGGUGGAACAGCCACCUAUGACACUAACGACCGUAAUGGUACAGAUGAGUGGCUCAAACCUGAUGGUUCUAUGGUCAGCAUUACUUGUGAUCGGGGUUUCGAGCUUGAUGGCGAGUCUCAUUCAACAUGCAUGAAUGGCGUAUGGACGCCGCCCAUUGGAUUUUGCAAGCUGAAGAUUUGCACCAACUCAUCACCUGUCUUCAGCGACUGCCCUAGUAUGCCAUCCCCGGCUGGUGCUUCACUAACUUAUUCGAACCACAGCGCUUCGGCAAUGACGUUUCCAACAGGGACACUAGUCGUUAUGGAUUGCAACCCUGGUAGUGUUGAAGGUCCUGCAGCUGCCUCGUGUUCAAACGGAACCUGGAUCCCACCCACUCUUGGAACAUGUUCUCCAAUAGCGAUGAAUGUUACUGAAAAAUGCCCAGCCCUAGUGGUUCCCAGCGGAAUGGUCGACUACAGCGAUCCCGACAUAUUGAAAGUGAGUGCGCACUCGAAUAUUUCAUACCUCAUUCAACGACUCCUAAACUUAUCUUUAUGUAUUAGGUGUGUGCAUUAA